AACACGCUCCUAUGUGGCGUUUCUGUUAAGCGUAGCGACACUGUUGAACUGUCCGCUGCACGCGCUCUCUUCCUAUGUGGGGUGGACCUCGCUGUGCGCGUGAAGUUCAUUCCCCGAGCCUUCCGGCCAAGGCGCGCGCUUGCCUUUUCCUCUCGCUCUCAGGCAGCAGCAGCAGCAGCAGCAGCGCGCGGCUCUUUCACUCCUGUGCGUCCCCUGCGAGUCUCCCACGGACAGCGUUCUCGCUUCACCCACCUCCGUCCCCGAGCGUCCCGACUCGAGGAUUGUCCGGAGUGAUUUCUUUUUGUCAGCGGCGAUGGUGAUUGACAGAUGAUCUGACAGAGGAAGACAUCAGACGCCGUCUCCGUGCUGGUUAUCAUGGGGUGUGCCUGUUGCAAGCAGAAGAAGUCUGCCAAAGAAGCAGCAGACAUAGCAGAUCUGUCUCCUAGCAACGCAGGUGGGAGCUCCAUGGCCUUGAAUCAGGGCCGAUACUGUCCCGACCCGACUCAGACCAUCCCGGACUUCAACAAGGGCUUCUUGUCCAACAGCGCAUUCCCCAACACCAAAAUCAACCCGCGGUCAGGAGCCAUAACAGGUGGUGGAGUAACUCUCUUUAUAGCGCUGUACGACUAUGACGCCCGCACUGAAGACGACCUCACUUUCCAAAAAGGAGAAAAAUUCCAAAUUAUUAACAACACAGAGGGCGACUGGUGGGAAGCUCGCUCUCUGGACACCGGCAACUCGGGUUACAUCCCCUCCAACUACGUAGCUCCAGUGGACUCCAUACAAGCCGAGGAGUGGUAUUUUGGGAAGAUGGGAAGGAAGGAUGCAGAGAGACAGCUGCUGGGCCACGGCAACCCAAGGGGAACUUUCCUCAUACGAGAGAGCGAGACCACCAAGGGUGCUUACUCUCUUUCCAUCCGUGACUGGGACGACAACAAGGGAGACCACGUGAAGCAUUACAAGAUUCGUAAGCUAGACAAUGGCGGCUACUACAUCACCACCAGAUCACAGUUUGAUACCGUGCAGCAGUUGGUCGUGCACUACCAAGGCUCUAAUGACGGGCUGUGUUAUUACCUGACAAAGGCCUGUCCCAACUCCACCCCGCUCACCAUGGGUCUCGGGCGGGACGCCUGGGAGGUACCGAGGGACACGCUGGCCCUGCAACGGAAGCUGGGGCAGGGCUGCUUUGGGGACGUGUGGAUGGGCAUGUGGAACGGCACCACCAAGGUAGCGGUGAAGACUCUGAAGCCAGGAACCAUGUCCCCCGAGGCCUUCUUGGAGGAGGCUCAGAUCAUGAAGAGACUCCGUCAUGACAAGCUGGUGCAGCUCUACGCCGUUGUGUCUGAGGAGCCCAUUUACAUUAUCACUGAGUUCAUGAGCCAAGGAAGUUUGCUGGACUUCUUGAAAGAUGGAGAGGGGCAGAGUCUGAAGCUGCCUCAGCUGGUCGACAUGGCUGCACAGAUUGCAGCUGGAAUGGCGUACAUCGAAAGGAUGAACUACAUCCAUCGUGACCUGCGAGCAGCCAACAUCCUCGUUGGAGACAACCUGGUGUGCAAGAUCGCCGACUUCGGCCUGGCUAGACUCAUCGAGGACAACGAGUACACAGCCAGACAAGGGGCGAAGUUCCCCAUCAAGUGGACGGCUCCAGAAGCUGCGCUAUAUGGACGCUUUACUAUCAAGUCAGAUGUCUGGAGCUUUGGCAUCCUACUAACCGAACUCAUCACUAAGGGACGUGUGCCAUAUCCAGGAAUGAACAACCGCGAAGUGCUGGAGCAGGUGGAGCGGGGCUACCGGAUGCCUUGUGCCCCGGGCUGCCCCACCUCGCUCCAUGAACUGAUGCUGCAGUGCUGGAGGCGGGAGCCUGAUGAGAGGCAUACCUUUGAGUACCUCCAGUCCUUCCUGGAGGAUUACUUCACCGCCACAGAGCCACAGUACCAGCCCGGAGAAAACCUGUGACCGGCACAUGUGUAGGGCAGGCGUGACAGCAAUACACUGACGGGCACGCUGUAGUACUCAUACUCAUGCUCUCAGGGUAUUUGACGUGCAUGUACCAUACAGGACACACACACGCACACACACAUAUAAAAGAUUCAUAUUAUUAUUACUUUGUUGUAACUGUUUAAAGACAGUUUCCCCUCUUCUGUCUUUGUUCACUGCAGUCUGUUCAGGACAGAUCAGUUAGGCGUGUUGAAGAGUUGGAGCUCUUCUGGUCAGGCCUUGCAGUAAUGUUGCUUCACUGUGUAACCAUGACAACAAGGAACUGAAAGAAGAUGUAGAUGGCUGUGUUGGGGUUGGGGGGGUGGGGGAGUCGAGUGGAUACAUGAUCUGUUCAGCUGCCAUAUACGUUCAGGUCCUUUGAUUUCUCUUUUUGAGAGGAGCUAGAUUUUACUUUUCGCCUGAGAUAAAUAUGUUGUAAGAGAAAGAACCGCAGGUGCAACAGGUGAUUAUCACGCAUUGCUUUAAACAGUCUCCAAAAGCAGUCGAAAAUGAACCUCGUGCCCCUAUGUGGUCACUGAAUAGAUUAUGUACAUUGUGUACUAGGUUCUGUGUUAACUGAACAGAGAUCAGUUUUUAUCUCUUUCUGAUAAAAAGAGCUGCUGAACUGAUAUCAGAGUCAUGCCUGUCUCCUGCUUUCCACCUUAUCGCCAACGUGUGCCUUUAAACUGGUCAAAUGACUGUUUUCAAAUAAGUACCUUUAAAACUGUGCUAUGAAACUUUGAGGGAUGGUCAGGAAUGCGCUUUAUUUGUCUGAUAGUUUGUAUGGCAAUUUUGUAUGGAUUGUCUCUUUUGUUUGUUUUAAUUUAACUUGGAUAUAUCUGUGCAUCACAAAGAUUUCUAUAUCUAGUUAACAUGUAUACAAUUUUCAUCCUUUUGGGAGGGCAGGGCAAUAUGGUAUCCAUAACAGGGGAAAAAAUAUAUCAGAGGACUGUGGAAGGAUGGUGUCUGAAAUGAAUGUAAGCUUCAUGAUGUCAUGUCGUUGUAAUAAAGAUCAGAUAUCUUUUUUU